CAAGCACUGCAGACUUGUACUUCAAGCUUCUGAAACGAAACACCACAGGCUGCUUCUCUCAGACUUGGUUCAUUUGCCUGAGACUUCCCAAGAUGGACUCCAAUAUGACAGACUACACUUAUGAUGAAUUAGCGGGUCCGAGUGAAAGCCCUAAAGUACAGACUGUGUUCCUAAACCACAUCAGGAUGCAAUACGUCAUUGUGUACGUCAUCGUUUGCACCCUCGGCGUGACUCUCAACUGUUACGUGAUUAUCACAGGCUGCUACAUGUACCAUAAGGUUCAGAAGUCCACACCCAGCGUGUGGAUCCUUGCCCUGGCCGUGACCCACCUGGUCUUCUCUGCAUUCCUGGUGCUGCAGUUCCUCUAUGCUUGGCACCACUUCAACUGGCACUAUGGAAUGGCUCUGUGCAAGAUCUCAUCCUACAUUAUCUACGCCAGCAUGUUCUCCACAGCUGCUCUGCUCAGCCUGUGGAGUGUCAGCAGCAGCAUCGGCAGCUGCUGUAUGGGGCUUUGUGGUAAAUGCAGCCGACAUGGCACGUCCCUGGUCCUGGUUCUGAGUUCCUGGACAUUCGGGGCUGUCCUUAGCAGCCCGUCUCUGCUCUCCCGAGAGCUUCGCUAUACUGAACUUGGAGAGGAGUGCAUCGAUGACUAUGAUAUGGACAAACAGAAGACAACAGACUAUGGCAUGAAAAACUUCACCAUUGUUGUUCUCAGCAGGUUCCUGCUAGGGAUUUUGCUUCCAGCGUUCAUGAUGACCAUGAGUGCCUGUCUGGCACGACGGCAGAGUCGUGAUCUGGAUGGGAGCCUGAAAAGGGUCACCUGUGCAAUAAAGGUGGCUUACUUCAUCUGCUGGAUGCCCCUGCUUUUUCUGGGGCUUCUUCAGAUUACUGGAAAAAAAUAUGAAUUUUUCAAAUAUGGAUUACCAACCGCGACUGUGCUGGCUGCAGCUCAUUCUUUCAUCAACCCAGUGAUCUAUCUUUUCCUGGGAUGCAAAAUGAAUAUGCAGUGGAUGGCCCCAGGUUACACUGACCAAGAAUAUAACUCUGGUCAAGGCAUGGCACUGAACACCACAAGGCUGGAUCCGGGUAUGUCAUAAACAAACCUUUAGGGAAACAUUUUCUGUUUCAUCACAAAGAAAUGGUCAUACACGGACAGUCCAGCACCUGAAGAGGUCACUAGGAGACACAUCCCAUUUUCAGAAGCGAGUCCAUAAUCCAGGAUAUUGGGUCUGAACAGAAUUCAUGAACAGAAUCAUCUUCCUGUGGUGGCUUGUGACCAGAAUUUAAAACAAAAAAAGACUUUCCGAAUGACUCAUUCACUUCUAGUUCAGGAGAAUUCACACAUAAUCUCAUCUUUCAUCAGAUGGAUUCACUAGAUAGAAGAGGCCACAUGUGGAAGAGUCCAAAAUGAAUGAGCUUUUUCCUGCUUCUCACAGUUAAUCACAUAUGUAAUCACAAGUAAUUACAAUUACACAUUUAAACCUUACUCCAUAUCUCAAAUGUUCAUGUUUGCUGUUCUAGUGUAUUUUUUUUUUCUUAGUAAUGGUUUCUUGAUGGGUACUCAUCCUUUCAGACCCACAGCACUGACUUGUCUUCACACAGUGGAAGGAUGGACAGAAACACCUGUGGAGUCUUUCAGACCCGAAGCAAGAGUGGAGCUUGAUUUUAUUCUCUCUUAGAAAGAUGAAAGCUUUAAGUGCUGUUUAUCUAAUGAUGACAGUUUUGAUGGUCUUCCAUUUUCUCUGUAUUUUGUAAUAACUUUUUGAACUUUGCACUUAUUUUCUUGAAAUUUAUCCUCCAUUUAAAUAUCUUACUGUAUAUAUACAUCGUGUGCAAAUACUUACAUAUAAGAAAGACAAAACAUUAGAAACAUAACAAGUGGCCUGUGCAAAAGUUAUUUUGCACUAAAAUCUUCAGAAAAAUUACAGAUUUAAAUUCAAACUAACCCUGGUCAUCAUAUAUUAUAUUAAAUGCCUCCAGCACAUCAUAGUACACCUCGUUUUGUAUAUUGAAUAUGACUGUUUGGGGCCUGUUGGACUGACAGUUUCAAGAAUUCAGUUGGUUAGGCUUAUGCUUACAUGGGAUUCUUCAAAAAUGUGACAUUCCGAGCCCACUUGAAGUUUUGGUGAAUACCUGAAGGAAGUAGGGGCGACACAAACACAUUUAGGUUUUGGCUAAAUAAUUAAAGAUAGUCAGGCUAAAGUACAGCCUCCACAUGGUGGAAAAAGGGGGGGGGGCACUUUUGGAAGGUUUUAUGUAAAUAUUCAUCUAAAACAUACUAUACAUAUGAUGUAAAUAAAAUAUAUUUGAGUGUUA